AUGCUCAAAGACAGGCUCAAGCUUCCAGCUUCCGACAAGCCUGGGAGGAUCUUUCCCGACCGUCUUGGAAGCUUGGUGAUGGUCGCCGGAUUGGACGAAAAAGGAAAUGAAAUCGAGAGAUCUGAGUUUGAAGUCGAGUCUGGGGAAGAGCUGGAGGCUAUUAAACCUGGCGCGUUAGGGUUUCACAGAGAGAGCGACGAUGGAGGUGAGGUUAUGGAUGACGGAAAAGAUGAAAAUGAUCAAAGAAUUCGGAAGAAGAUGAAUAAAGAUGCUGCUUCGACUUCGGUUUCGGUGUUGAAAUCGAUUUCUUUGGAUGAGAAAAGAUCGGAUCUAGAAUAUGAGCUUUCUCGGAGAGAGAUUAAUUUGGAAAAGUUGCGAAGAAUUGCCAGCACUGGGAUUCCUGAUGGAGGAGGUUUGCGUGCAACGGCUUGGAAGCUACUCUUGGGCUACUUACCUUCAUCUCAUGACCUAUGGGAGACUCAAUUAAAGGAAAAUAGGCAAAAGUAUGCUUCUAUGAAAGAGGAGCUUCUUAUGAAUCCGUCAGAGCAUAUCUGGAAGGAACCUACACACUUAAAUUCCACUAAGCAGCAUGAGGACAAUAACGCUGAUGGCCCCCUUAGGCGACAAGAAAUUUCUGUGGAAGAUCACCCUUUGAGCCUCGAUAAGGAAAGUCUUUGGAGACAGUACUUUCAGCACACAGAGAUAGUGGAACAAAUAGAUCGAGAUUUGCAGCGUACUCAUCCAGACAUGCCUUUCUUUUCAGCAGAGACAUCUUUUAGUCGAAAAAAUAGGGAAGCAAUGAAGAAUAUUCUUCUCCUGUUUGCGAAGUCGAAUCCUGCAAUCUGUUAUGUGCAAGGCAUGAACGAGGUCUUGGCGCCUAUAUACUUUGUAUUUAGUACUGAUACUGACAAGCAAAAUGCUGCGAAUGCAGAAGCAGAUAGUUUUUCUUGUUUUGUUCGAAUAUUAGGCGACUCUGUGGAUCAUUUCUGUCAACAAUUGGACAACAGUUCAAGUGGUAUACUUGCUACUCUUUCUCGUUUGUCGGAUAUACUUAAAGUAAAUGAUGAGCAAUUAUGGCAUCAUCUUGAAUUUAUUUCAAAGGUUAAACCACAAUUCUAUGCAUUCCGGUGGAUUACACUGUUACUCACUCAGGAGUUCAAGUUUGAAUCUAUCUUACGAAUAUGGGAUACAAUUCUGAGUAAUACUUUUGGUGUUCAGGAUAUGCUUCUUCGGAUCUGUUGUGCGAUGCUACUUUGCGUGAAAAGUAGACUACUAAGCGGUGAUUUUGUGGCUAAUAUAAAGCUUUUACAACACUAUCCUGAUGAUAUUAACUUAGAAUACCUCCUCCAGGUAGCUCAGGAUAUUUGUCCCGACACGUCUUCUUAUAUUUUGUCCCUAUGA